UAAACACGGUGGCGUGUGGGAACUGCAACGAUUUUUUGUUUUGGUUUGAAAUUUUUUGAGGUGGGAGAAGAAUAAGUCGUCAUAUUUCUAAUUUUAGCAUAACGCCACCACAGUCCCACCUGUCACAAAGUGUGAGAGAAAGAAGAGACUAAUGUUAACCACUUGCGUCACUGACCUCGGUCUUUCCGUUUACUUUCCCACCGCUUCAUACGCACUCCCUCCUAAAAUGCCCAUUUAACUAAAAUCCCUCUUUCUUCUUCUUCUUCUUCCUGUUGCAGCACAAUCCCAAAGGCUUUCUCUUCUUCUUUUUUUUUUUUUUGCUGGUAUUCUGCAGUGGCAGGUUGCUGAGACAGCUUCACACUGUUUUGGUUCAGCUCUUGAGGGGAAGCUUGAGAUUGAAAUAGGUGGAAGGCCGUUAUUCAGAAAAUGGGUGGUCUUUGCUCUAGAAGAGCUACUGCUGAGCACACAACAGCUGGUGCCAUUCCACAUGUGAAUGGUCUUCGUGAGUAUGGUGCUGGAAUAGUUUAUCAGUCGCCUAGAUUGCCCACACAGCUAAACAGUGAUCCUAUGCAAUCCCCUGCUGUGGAAAGCACUGAUAAGCAACUAACUGAACCAGCAUUAUCUUUUCUGGAGGUGAAUGUGAUUCCUCAUGGGGUUCCUAUGGAUGAUGUUGAUGAUGGAGUUCCAAGAUUGUCCAGGGCUUUAUCCAACACAUCCAGAUCAACAAAGUCAAAGCACGUUGCAAUUGCGACGGUUUCUGAAGUGAGUUCACUGUUGGGCAGAGCUGGUACGGUGGGGCUCGGUAAAGCUGUAGAUGUGUUGGACACACUAGGUAGCAGCAUGACAAAUUUAAACCUGAGUAGCGGUUUCACGUCAAACAUGGCAACCAAGGGAAAUAAAAUUUCAAUUUUGGCAUUUGAAGUUGCAAACACCAUUGUCAAGGGUGCCAAUCUUAAGCAUUCUCUUUCAAAGGAUAAUGUACAACAUUUGAAGGAGGUGGUUCUUCCUUCAGAAGGUGUGCAACUCUUGAUAACAAAGGAUAUGGAUGAACUGUUGAGAAUUGCUGCAGCAGACAAGAGGGAUGAACUGAAAAUAUUCUCUGGUGAAGUGGUUCGUUUUGGAAAUCGAUGUAAAGAUCCUCAAUGGCACAACUUGGAACGUUACUUCGAAAAGCUGGAACCUGAACACACACCUCAUAAAAACUUGAAAGAAGCAGCAGAGGCUGUAAUGGUGCAGUUAAUGGUCUUGGUUCAGCAUACAGCUGAACUGUACCAUGAAUUCCAUGCAUUGGACAGAUUUGAACAAGAUUAUCGGCGUAAAGCUCAAGAAGAGGAUACUUCAAAUGCUACUCAGAGAGGAGAUAGCCUUGCAAUUUUAAGGGCAGAGUUGAAAAGUCAAAGGAAACAUGUCAAAAGUUUGAAAAAGAAAUCCCUCUGGUCCAAGAUUUUGGAAGAGGUGAUAGAGAAGCUUGUGGACAUCGUGCAUUUCCUUCAUUUGGAGAUCCAUGCUGCAUUUGGCUGUGCUGAUGGAGAGAGACCUAUGAAAAACAACCACCAGGGGUUGGGAUCUGCUGGUCUUGCAUUGCACUAUGCGAAUAUCAUCACUCAGAUUGAUACACUUGUUACUCGAUCAGCUUCGGUGCCCCCAAGUACAAGAGAUGCUCUAUACCAUGGGUUGCCACCAAGCAUAAAGUCAGCUUUACGUUUCAAGUUACUGUCAUUCUCACUCAAGGAAGAGUUAACAGUGCCACAAAUCAAAGGUGAAAUGGAGAAAACAUUGCAGUGGCUUGUUCCCAUGGCAGCCAAUACUACCAAAGCCCAUCAUGGCUUUGGAUGGGUUGGAGAAUGGGCAAAUACAGGGUCCGACAUAAACAGGAAACCUGAGAGCCCAGUUGAUCUUCGGAUUGAGACACUGUAUCAUGCAGAUAAGGAGAAAACAGAAGCAUAUAUUCUUGAAUUAGUGGUGUGGCUCCAUCAUCUUGUCAGUCAGUCAAGACGUGCUGCUAAUGGUGGAGUAAAAUCUCCAGUAAAAUCUCCAAUCCGUUCCCCUAAUCAAAAGAUGAUUAAGUUGUCUAAUCACAGAUCAAGCUCUUCGUCAUCCCCAUUAACGGUUGAAGACCAAGAAAUGCUUUGUGAUGUAAGCAAGAGAAAACUAACUCCAGGGAUUAGCAAGUCCCAAGAAUUUGCAAAAACAGGGCUGAGCAAGUACCACAGGCUGAGUAAGAGCAGUAGCCAUUCACCUGUAAAUGAAACCAGAAAGGAUCCCUUCCCUAUCAAGAGACCGUCUUCUGUUCCAGUGGUUGACUUUGACACUGACCGGAUGAAAGCUUUGGAUGUCAUUGACCGAGUGGACAAAAUUAGAGGUGUAUAAUUGUACAAUAUGCAGCUGCAUUGCCAAAUAAGUAUAUCUUGUGCAUAGUAGUAUGGUUAUUUACCGCAUUAGCAAACUGUAAAUACAGCAUCUUUUAGUUAGCUGGCAUCGGCUAUAUACUAAUGGCCUAGCGAGGGUAAUGCGUCAACUUAUCAUCUUCAUAUGCUUCCCUUGUAUUAUAUUAUGUCCUAUUUGUGUUUGGGAAUUGGAUUAUUGCGUAGAAGAUGAAAGGGGGAAUUGGAUUAUCUGUAAAUGCAAUAUUUUUCCAGUAAAUCCAGGGUUCAGCGGUAAGUGGAAGUGAUUUUUCUGUCAUUGUUUUUUAUCAGAGGAAAAGGGAGUUUCGGGACCAGAAUAGCCAUGAUGGUGAGAAGGUUGAUGGGACGUAGAAGUAGAGUUGAGCCCCUUUUUUCCUUUUUAGUGGAGAGAGGGUCUUAGAGUGCUAUUAUCUUAUGUACAGAAUGUUUAAAAUAAUUUGAAGUUAUGUUUUUCUCCUUAUCAAUCUUUAUUAUACAUUA